GGCCCGAGCCCACCGGCACCAGAAGGGCCCGUCCACCGCGCCGUCCCGGCCGCCCCGGCCGUCCCGCGAGCUUCCGCAAAGCAGCGCAGAGCUUCAGCACCUAGCCAUGCCACACCGCGCGCACCACCCCACACCCCGGUGAACCAGAAACAGCGAAACCAACACGAGGGCCGACCGGUCUAACAGUGUCCCGCAGGGAAGACCGCGUCGGUUGGCGUCGGGCGCCGUGUCCGUCAAAGUGCGCGCGUGGUGGUGCAUGUGUGAGUGUGUGAGUGAGUGAACCGAUCAUGGAUUUACUUCGAGUUCUGCUGCUGCCCGCGGCUGUGCUCCUGGCCGCCACAGGCUCGGACGCACGAGGAAGCAACUCCCGCAAGCCGUACUACGGCAAGUACAUCGGCACCCUGGCCAGCUACGCCCACGGCAUUGAGGGGACGGCGUUCGCGGUGGACGAGAACAUCAUCUUCAUCGAGAAGUUUUCGUACGACGGCACGGCGCCCGACGCCUUCUUCUGGGUGGGCAACAAGACACCGAGACCCUCCCCAGACGGAGACCUGAUUCCGUACCCCGAAGACUUUAAAGGAAGAGACCCUCCCGUGCUCAAGGCACACAACAAGACCAACCUGUUCCUCAAACUACCCGCCGGCAAGAAGAUCAAGGACAUCAAGUGGCUGGCCGUGUGGUGUCGCCGCUUCACGGUCAACUUCGGCGACGUGUUCAUCCCCGUGAACCUGCAGGCGCCCAAGCCGCGCGUGCUGUCCGAGUUCAAGCGGCUGGCGCACGGCCUGCGCUCCGGCAACAUCACCGUCCUGGACGCGCGCACCAUCUACAUCCCCAACCUGCACUACGACGGCGCGGCCCCGGACGCCUACUUCUGGGUGGGCAACGGCACCGAGCCGGGGCCCUGGGGCAUCAAGGUGCCCAACGAGGUCGGCAAGCUGGACCCGCUCAAGGGCUACCAGGGCCAGGACAUCGAGAUCCAGCUGCCCGAGAACAUCACCGUGUACGACAUCGACUGGCUGGCCAUGUGGUGCGUCACCUACCACCACAACUUCGGCCACGUCAACAUCCCCAAGGACCUGGACGUGCCGCCUGCGCUAGGCCAGACCAAGAUCACGCCUGAGUGGUGGUACAAUCCUACGUCGUCGCCGGACCGCGGCACGGACAGCGCCGAGCCACUCAGCAACUGCAGGGAGAUGCUGGACGAGCGCGUGCAGGUGCAGUGGAGCAUGCACGACGACCUGGUGGAGAUCCAGCUCUCGGCGCGCAUCCGAGAGGACCAGUACGUGGCCUUCGGCCUGAGCGGCGAGCAGGGCAGGGCCUCCAUGGUAGGCGGCGACGUGGUGGUGGCAUACUACGACGCCAAGGCCGCCAUCUUCCACGCCGACGACUACUACAUGUCCGCCACGGCGCAGUGCGACGGCCGUAAUGGCGUGUGCCCCGACAAGCGCAUCGGCGGCCAGAACGACGUGAUCCUCAAGUCGGCGGAGCGGCGCAACGGCGUGCUCACGGUGCGCUACACACGGCCGCUCGUCACCAACGAGCCCAUCAAGGACCGCGUCAUCCCGCGGCACGGCGAGGUGAACGUCAUCGCCGCCAUCGGGCCGCUCAACUCGCGCAACGAGGCCAACAGCCACGCCGCGCCCGACAAGACCACCGAGGACAUCCGCAUCGACUUCUCGCGGCGCAACGACCACCAGUGCACCAACUCGCUGUACACGAACCAGGAGGAGAACGAGCUGGCGCCGUGGCCCACGCAGACCAUCCACAACGAGAACACGCUGACGGCGCGCAUCGGGCCGGCGGGCGGCAAGCGCGGCUACACGCCCAUCACGGGCCACCCGUCCUGGGGCAUCGCCUGGUGGAUCAACGACAAACUCAUCCCCGAGAUCACGGUGGAGCGCGGCCAGACCUACACCUUCCUCGUAGAGGGCGGCAAGGACAGCACCAACCCGGCGCGCUACCACCCCUUCUACAUCACGGACAGCCCCGAGGGCGGCUACGGCCAGCGGCCCGCCGAGGAGCAGCGCCGCCAGAGGGUGUUCGCCGGCGUGGACACGGACAAGGAGGGCUACCCCUACCCCACGGCCGCCGGCCGGUACUGCGAGUGGGUGCACCAGACCGUCGACAGGUACGCGGACUUUGACAACCUGGAGGACUACAAGAAGACCCUGACGCUGCAGUGCGACCACGGUGAGCCGUCCGUGCUCAACUGGACCGUGGCGGCGGACACCCCCGACGAGGUGUACUACCAGUGCUACACCCACAACAACCUGGGCUGGAAGAUCCACGUGGUGGACGCCGGCUCCCAGUCGCGGCGGGACAGCAAGAACCUGUCGGCCGGCGCGGCCGCGCUGCCCAGCCUCGGCCUCGUCGCCGUCCUGGCGGUGGCCCUGGCGAUGGCGUCGCCCGCCCUCGCCGCCUGCGCGAGAUGAGCACCAAGCGUGCCGCUGUGUAUUGAUAAGUAACCCGAUUGUGAUGUUCGAUAAGGCUACUCAGAAGAAGGCGGCUGCAGGCUUCAGGUCGAGUAGUGCCGCCGUGCUCACUGUAAAGAAAACUGUUAUCUAGGACCGCGUGCUAUCGUUGCGGCAGCGGGAGUGACACGUCGCUACUCCGUGCGCGAGAGGCAGUCGCCAUGGCAACGGGCAUCCUUUGGCGCGAGGGGUAGUGACAGGGUCGUUCCUGUUGCCGAGGGUAGUUCUCUGUAAGCGGCGUGGCUGGUACCACGGCGCAGGCCAUACGGACAAACUUUGGUGCACCUCGAAGCGGGCGCGGUUUUUUGAAUGUUGGCGCCCGAAAAGGGACAAGGGAAUGCCCGGAAGGAGUCUCUAGAACCGGAAGUGCGUCACUGUCCGUGUGCCAAAACAGUGGGAACUUUGACAAUAAUGACUUGUUGAUAUAUUUUGAAUUGGUGACAAUAAUUUUCACUAUUAGAGGUAAGGUUUCUUCAAAUAGGCGUAAGUUUCUGUUAAUGUGUCGGCUCUGUAGUAAAAAUCGAAAAUUUGAACGACUUUGACAAUAUGUGAUGUAAGAGGCAGUUGGUUUCAUUUUAGUUAUCGGCUGAGUGAGGAAAGUAAAAUGAAUUUGAAGUUUUAUUUAAAUUGUUUUUUAGUAUUGCUUGUGGUCGUCACACAUUCAUCAUUACUAUGUUUUAGAUGUGUUGUAAUUUUUUACGUCCUAUUGUAAAUAUAAUAUUACUCUUGUACAAGAAAUUGUUAUAAGCAAGAUUUAUGAAUAUGUGGUUGUUGAGUUUUAUGUGCAUUGCGUUAAAUGUUGAUUGGUCAAUUUAGCAAUUUGGUCAAUUUAUAUGUUAAUUCUAAGCUAAAUCUUUGUUAUGGUGCUUAUUCUAUCUGGAAGUAGUAGCUGAACCUACCACAUGCCAGAAAAUGACAUUACCUCAUCAAACUAAAAUGCCAAAACCGUUUAAUUUCUUUGGCACAAUAUGGGACAUUGACACCCAAAGCUGUUUACAUGCAAGUAUGAAGUCCAAUUAUGAGUGACAACUUUGGAUGUCAAUGCCCCUUUCUUGGAGAGAGCUUUCAGUUUAAAAGUUUCAUCUGUUACAUUGCAAGAAAUUUUAAGAUGCCUUUUGUCCCAAAGGAAUAUAUUUCUUAUUCCUUUUUGUAAUAUUGAGGUAUUGAGAGGUAUAAUUUGACAAUAAUAUUAUGCAGCCUUAUGGCCUUACUGUUUUAUAUUGAUUACUAGUAGUGUUUUUUUGAGAUAAUGACAAUAAACUUUAUUAGUGUAAGACGCAAACGCAUGCCACAUGGAAUGUAGCGAUCACAGUUUACUAGAUCGGCCGCGAAUAGAAAUCAUUAAAAUGUAUUCUUGAGGCAUAUCAUUUCUGGGUUUUUUCAGUCAUGUAAUGUCUGCAGACUAUUUCAUCAUAAAUAGAAAUUGUUGGUAUCACUUUGACUUUGGCUAAAAGAAAGUAAAUAUGUAAGAAGUGCCAUAUCUUAUCUACUUGACUCCAAUGCAAAAUUCUGAUAUUCGAAUGUGAUUCAGACCUGAUUUCAUAACUGUCUAUCGGUCAAAUAAAUAUGUCCUUUACAUAUCCAUCAAUAAGCUUUCAAAAUCUUUUUUAGAAACAGUUUUUCAAAAGGUUAUGUCCGGAACUUGUAACUUUCUUAAGCCAACAAAACGGUACCAUAAGCAAAAGUACCCCUGUGUAAAUAUAUUGAAAAUUAAGGUGUUUAGUAGCCGAGUGAUUUAAAUAUAUAUGUCUGGAUUAAAGACAAUAAAACUAAUUUUUUUGUGCUAAACUUUAGAUAAAGAAAGGUCAUAUCUUGUAUACUGUUAAUAGUCAGUUUCUCGAUUUUAAUAGAAAUAAAAUAGCGCCAGAAGACAAUAAUGAUGCGUUUCUACAAAAUGUAACGACCUGUAUUACCUGCGUUACCUGAAAUAUUAUUAAUGUAUUUCAUUGUGUAAAAUAAGAAAACGAGCGUUUUGCGCAGGUCUAUUGAUGACAAUAAUGCAUAUCUGCGAGUGAUUGAGAACUGUGUUGAAUACCUGUUAAGCAUUGUAAUUUCCGUCGCAAGACGACUUCAUGUAGAGCUCUAUACCAGAAAUACUUAAACCAGCGUGACUUCAGACAAUAAUGCUAAGUUCACCUUAACUGUGUCAACGUUUUGCUCUCGUUAGAUUCGUGUAGUUAAACUAUGCGAUGACGAGAGCCCUGUAUUGUUUAUCGAGAAUAGUUGUGUAUUAGAAUGAGAAGAGCUUUGCAGAGCAUCGUUCGCGUCGAACGCGAUUUUGUCGUGAAAUAAAAGUAGCGUACUGCAUGGCUCUUGGGGACUGUAAAAGGCACAAAACCAAGUUUUGUAGCUUUGACUCUUGGAAUAAACUUUUUCUUUUUAUUACAUC